AUGAAGAAAACAUCUGGUGCAUUACAAAAUUUCCUUACAUCAAAUACUAAAUCAAGAUGUCAAGAAUCUAGUGAUGAUGAGAAUAUUACAGCAGCGGAAUUAGCAUUGACUUUGCACACUGUGAAGCAUAAUCUAUCGUAUAAUAGCAUGGAUUGCCUAAAAAAAAUAAACAAAAUUGUAUUUGUAAAUUCCAAAAUAGCUAGUAAAAUACGCUUGGCAGGAACUAAAAUGGAAGCUUUAGUGACAGAAGUAUUAGGUCCAUAUUCCGUGGAAAGUGUAAUUAAUGAUUUACAUGAUGAUGUAUUUUUCUGUCUCCAGACAGAUGCAUUGAAUAAAAAGAAUAUUAAGUUAUUUCCUCUCGUAGUGCAAUAUUUUUCAAUAAAUGAAGGGAUCCAAAAUAAACUGAUAGAUUUUUACGAAAAUUCUAAUGAAUCUGCUAAUGGCAUGUUAGAAGCUAUGAAGAAGUCUAUGGAUUCCCACAACCUGUCAUUUAAUCAAGUAUCAGGUCUCAGUGCAGACAAUUGCAAUGCUAAUUUUGGCAUUCAUCACUCAUUGUACACAAAUAUUAAAAAAGAAGUACCAUACCUAAUAAAAGGCAACUGUCAUGCACACAUUAUCCAUAAUACAGUGAAACAUGCUAUGGGCUACUUGAUUUGUGACAUAGAAAACAUUGUUUUAAAAAUAUAUAGUCAUUUUUCGGUAUCUGCUUGUAGAAGAGAUGAUUUAAAAAAAAUUGUUACUAUGGUUGAUGGCGAAUUUCACGAAAUCAAACGUCAUAUUGGUACACGUUGGUUAUCACUACUUCCAGCCAUUGACACCCUUUUACUUAAUUGGGCACCAAUAUGUAAUUAUUUUAUAAGUUUAGGUGAUAAUUGUCCAAUAAUUAUAAAAGAAUUAUUAAAACUAAGUGAUGAACAGGAUAGGGAUGUUGUGGAAAUUUAUCUACACUUUACAAGCCACAUGCUUUAUAUAUUUAAUACAACGAUAAAACGUCUGGAAGGAAAUGAUGUGACUAUACUAGAUGUCUAUAAUAUUAUGGAUAAUUUAAGAAACGAAUUAGAACAAAGAAAAACUGAUAAGUAA